AUGCCGUCAGUAGAAACAGUCGACAUCUACGACAUCCUCUUCGAAUACGUCCGCAGUUUUCCUUUCAAAGAGGACAUUAAGAAGAGGAUCUGCUUCGACUGUCUUGAUGCUUCCUGUGUUGUUGACACGAAGUUGCGCAUCUACAACCGACCUACAGUCUACUCGACCAAUCAACAAGGCGGCACUUUGUGUGGAGAGCCCUCAGACAAACCGAAAAACACCGUCAUCUUCUCCUCCACCUUCACCAACUCCACGUCUGCCGAGCAAACGAACAAUAUGCGCACAGAAAAGCGCACUACGGCAACUUGUCGUAUUCAGCUGACCAAGUCGGUUGCCAAAGGCGGGAGUAUAAGUGUUCAGGUGUCGCCACCCAACACUAUGAUACAAGUAAACGGUGGAUUUAACAAGGAAAAGACAAUCACCACAGAGAAGGAGGAGGUCAUGGAAGAGGAACUGUGCUGGUCACUUGAUAGCCAGGUAGGAGGGUGUUUUAUUGCUAUUCCUCCAAUUAUUGUUGGUAGUUUGGCUUUCAUGAUAAGGACUUUAUGA